CACACAAAUACACAUGCUCGCAGCUCUCAGGCCCGUCAGCCAAAAGUAGACCGAAGCAAAGGCAGUGACUGAGCAGCAUACAGAUCGGAGACAAACUCACUCGCUGCUUUGUAUCCUGAUGCUUGCAGAGGAUGAGAACACUGAUUUCUUCAAAGAAAGUCACUUUGAAAAUGAGUCACCUUGCUGCCGGGCCCCCUGAUUGGCUGAAACUAUUGGGACUGUUUGUCACAGCUUCCUGUCUCGGUGAAUGGUGAGGCGCUGCGGACCAAUGGGAGGGCAGUAGUGAGGAUGCAACAGUGAUCCAGGAAAAAACAGCCCAUUGUUCCCGGGACGUCAGAGAAGUGUGACCACCCUACCGCCGGCUCUGGCUGCUCCACAUAACGGCACACUGAAGGACCCAACACCCCACUGACAGGUCAUAAUGAGUGGGGGAGUCAAUGUGAAAUCGGUCCCUCGGGGUCCUUCCUCAUCAGGAAUUCCCCUCCCACACAGCCUGUUGCCGUCCUCCCCCAAAGUAGACACCCGCCGCCGGGCUGGUGACCUGCCCAGGCCCUCAACACAGACCCCUAAACACACUCCCACAAACACACCCACGCACUCGCCUUCACUUUGUCCACGGAGUUCCAGCAUCCCCGGGCCUCCCUCCAGGGACUCGACAAAAGAUCCCGGCUUGAAAAGUCAGCUCUUUAAGCGAACAGGAGCCCUACCUGCUCCCCAGGUGUCACGCUCUGCAUACAGCAGCCCGUUAACCCAGCGCAGGGUACCGCCUCCACACUCUAAAGACACACUGGAUCUGGGAAGACCCACCCUGCCUACUGUCACCUCACAGUUUCCACAUGAUGGCAAUCACAACAGAAACACUUUAACAAAUAAGAACCAGGCAUGGGGAGCCAGCAACCUGCGUCCAUCACUUCAGUUCAGAAGAGGAGACAACUCCAACACUGUCGCUGAGGCAACGAGGGAGGUCAUGCCUCAACGAGAGGAAGAAAGCCACCCUACCCAGUCUGCCAUGUCGAACAACAGUAACCUCCACCCCUCUUCUGCUCUGAUGAGCUACAGGCAUGCCAUCAGAGGUCACUGUGACUCCACCAGCCAAUCAGACGAGGAGAUGGAAACCCCUGAGGACAGCAGUCCGGCGUCCUCUCCUGGUAUCCUGCCGUUGCCACCAAUCUCAUUCUCCGUGCCAGUGAUAUCAAAGGCUGCAGUCAAUACGCUGGAUCAAAGCUACAAGGAGGCUGCGUCAAUAGAGACACACUCAUCCAGAGUCAACAUGGCUACUGUGGCUCCCUUCAGCUACAGAGUGCGAGUGCAGGAGAGUGAUUUUUCACUGGAUGAACUGAGUGACUGCUCGUCUGGAUCCAUAGAAGUCUGCUGCGAUGACCUAACGACAGACCCAGAGUCCCAGAGGAAGAGGACUGUGCAAAAUGUUCUGGACCUUCGACAGAAUCUGGAAGAAACCAUGACCAGCCUGAGAGGGGUGCAGCUCAGCCACAGCUGUGUGGAGGGGACCAUGUGCUACGACAGCGAUGAAGCUGCUGCCUUCUCAAUUUCCAGCCUAUCAAACCGUUCCUCUCCAUUGUCAUGGCGCCAGGGUCAAGCCAGCCCCCGUCUGCAGGCUGGUGAAGCUCCGUCCACAGGUAACACGCAGUCAGAUGUUCCCCUCCGGAUCAACCACGCCUCCCGUAUCCACCUCAUCGAAGCACUGGACGACUCGGAUCCGUCGGUCCUGAAGGGAGAUUACCUCAACAGAAGCAACAUCAGCGGGAAGAGCGCAAACGAGGAUGAUGACGAAGAUGAUGAUGAUAUUGAUGAUCUGGGGAAUGGUUGGGACGAGAGCAGCUCCAUCAGCAGCGGUUUGAGUGACGGCUCAGACAACCUCAGCUCUGAAGAGUUCAACACGAGUCCUACUCUCAACUCUCUUCCAACCACUCCCAUCGGCUCCCGCAGAAACUCAGCCAUAGUGAUGCGCACAGAUGCUGAGAAGAGGUCUCUGGUGGAGAGCGGCCUGUCCUGGGACACUGAUGAUACCAAACCCAGCCGCAAGAGCCAGGGCAGCGGCGUCUACGAUACAGGAAGUCUCAAGUCCGAAUCGGCCAACAAAUGGAAAAAGACGCGGACGCACGGGGAGGGGCUGGAAGGAGGGAAGGGCGAACUGAGGAAACCUCAGGCCCUGGGUCAGGGAAAUAUGUUGAAGAAAGGAAGAAACCCACCUGUUGGAGUCACGUCGCCUAUCACACACACCUCUCAGAGUGGUCUGAAGGUGGCAGGUUCAGUGAAGUCAGAGGGGAAGCCGAUGGAUAAGUCUCGGUUAGCACUGAAGACCUCCGGCCUUCAGCGCUCCUCUUCGGAUGCUGGUAAAGACCACAGAAAUGGCACCGGCACUGGUGAGCAACGUAAACCUCCGUCCGGCCUGGUCAGGCCCUCAACUGGUGGAAACUUUGGCUUCAAGAAGCCCACCACAGCUACAAGUAAUGGCUCACACAAUGCCAGUACACCUACUGUGACGAGUACAGGUGGCAGUGCAAUACCCUGUGUCUCUGCAGCCGUGGGGAAGAUUCCCAAAACUUCGGGUAUUCCUGUCAAACCAGGAGCUGGUAGUAGCAGUGGUGGAGGACGAAAGACAAGUCUAGAUGUUUCAAACAGCGACCAGAGUGGCUUUCUAUCUCCAAAUGCCAGGACGUCUCUUCAGUACCGGUCUCUGCCUCGCCCAGCAAAGACAAGCACCAUGACUCUUACCCGGCCAAGCUCGGCCCGUCCAAUGAGCACCACAAUGGACACAGGCUCUGGGUUGAUGAAACCCUCCACCACAGCGCCCCAUGGCUCGAGGCUCAAAGAGCCUGCCUCAGGGCAUGCUUCUGGAACAGGGUUGAGUAAGGCAGGGGGUCGUGGGAUGCUGAGUCCCAGUCCUGUCAAUCAAACAGACAGAGAAAAAGAGAAAGAGAGGGCCAAAGCUAAAGCUGUAGUAUCAGACUCUGAGUGUGGAGGUGGGUCCCUGAAGGGCAGCCCUGCUCAGACCCCAUCAGAGAAUGGAGGGAAGCUGCAGGGGCUGAGACCUCCCAGCAGCAGCAAGGGCAUGGAUCUACCCUCACCAAACACACACAGGUUGUCGGGGAUGCGUAGCCUGGCAAAACCUCCAUCCAUGGCCCAGCUUGACAAGUUGAACUCCAACAGCCUAGAAGUUGGAGUUCAUGACUCUCUGCCACCCAAGAUUCCUCCCUACUCUAAACUCCAGGACCUGGCCAGCUCAAUAGGCAGUACCACUAGCCCCUGCCUAACUCCAAGCCCUGCCCCAUUACUUAAUGUGAACUCUUCGGCCUGCUUCUCGAGCUCAGGGUCUGGGUUGGGGCCCAGACAGGUCUCCUCACUCGGGGUGGAAGGGAGUGGAGGAAGCACCUCUCCCUUGAUCUACCCUCGUCUGUCUGGGCUGCAUCGCAGCAUGGAGUCUCUGCCUCUCCACAUGAGUCUGGCCCCAGAGCCCCAGGAGAGGGGGAGGGAGAGUUUGGUGAGAGGAUACACCACCCUUGAGUCCCGAGACAAAGAUAGACAAGAGGACAGAGGCCCUCCUGCCAGCUGGAGCUCUGGAAGUAAAGUCUCAUUGUCUCACAUCGACAGUUCUCAGAGGGACAGAAACACGCUGCCAAAGAAAGGUUUAAGUUUCAGUGGUGCCUCUCAGGUUGAGGAGGAAGGGAAGGAGAAAGGAGAGAGGAGACACUCUCAUACUAUUAUGAGUAUGACUGACUCACUCACUCUUCCACUGCUGGCCUCACCCACCUCUCUGCCCCGCAACUCUAAGACCAGCAUGGUACCCAGCCCUGUAGGUGGACCUCCGAGGAUGACUCGAUCCAACAGCAUCCCAACACAUGAUGCCUCUCUGGAGCUGUAUGGAGCGUCUCCGCUGGGCAGCACGCUGUCGCUGGCUGAACGGCCCCGCAGCAUGGGAAUGGUUCGCUCCGGAUCCUUCAGGGACAAGGAGCCUGACGAGGUUCACGGGUCUGUGCUCUCCCUGGCAUCCAACGCCUCGUCAAGCUACUCCUCGGUGAGUGUGGGCGGCAUGCAUGAUCAGGCUGAGGAAAGGAUUCAGGGAGAGCAAAUCCGUAAACUGAGGAGAGAGCUGGAGUCGUCCCAGGAGAAGGUGUCCAACCUGACGACGCAGCUGACAGCUAACGCAAAUCUGGUGGCUGCCUUUGAGCAAAGUUUGGCACUAAUGACGACUCGGCUGCAGAGUCUGUCGAUGAGCCAGGAACAGAAGGACUCAGAGCUGUUGGAACUGAGGGAGACAAUCGACGCCCUGCGGAGCAGGAAUGAAGAAGCCCAGGCUGUCAUACAUGGAGCCUUGAACAACCAAGAUAACAUGAAAGGUUUGGUGACUGACCUGUUUCCCUGCACAUCUGCCUGCAUCAAUGCACAUUUGCCCCUUUGUGACCUCGAGCUGUUUUGGUUUCCAGAAAUGUUGAUGCGACGUCAGAACUCGUGUGAGAGCAUCUCCAGUCUCAACAGCCUGACCAGCAUGUCGAGUCUGGGCAGUCUGAAGGACCAGGAUGCCAAGAAGAAGAAGAAAAAGAGCUGGGUCUUCGAGCUGAGGAGCUCCUUCAACAAAGCAUUCAGCAUUAAGAAAGGCUCCAAAACCUACUCAGACAUUGAGGAAAUCGCCACCCCCGACUCCUCAGCUCCCAACUCCCCAAAGAUGCCUCAUGAGGGGCUAGAAGGAGGAGAAAACCAGCCCACGUCCCUCAAAACCUCAACCUCUGCCACCUCCUCUGUGAUCAUGGAGACUACAGAAGAGGGAGACAAUGAAGAAACGGCAGUAACAGAGCUGCGCUCAGAGCUCUGGCUGAAAGAGAGAGAACUGACAGACAUCCGACUGGAGGCCUUAAGCUCCGCACAUCAGCUGGAGCAGCUCCGAGAAGCCAUGAACAGCAUGCAGUCAACUGUGGAGAACCUGAAGGCAGAGAAUGACCAUUUGAAAACAGGGAGUACGCUCACUCUCCCUGGCUCCGGUCCCACCUCUUCCACUUCGCAGCCUUCAGGACUCGCCUCUCUGCUGGGGCCCUCACUGAGGCAGCCAAUGAGUAUGUCCCUCACCAAGUCCUUCAGCCUCAGCCUGAAUGAUUGUAAAGAUCCAGACCUGUCUCCAGUUGACACGUUAAGUGUGUCUUCCCAGCCAGAUGAGGUGUGUGCAAGAGUGCUGGUCCGCAUUGGAGAUCAUGCAGAGGGCAGUAAGCAGCAGCAGGACUACUUCCUGGGCUCAGUGCUGGUCAAUGCGAGGACUGACUGGGCCUGUCUCGACUCUCUCAUAGCAAAGACCUUCAAGGAUUAUCUUACUCAAGUGGACCCGACUACCAGCCUGGGUCUAUCCUGUGAUUCACUGCACAUGUACCAGCUGUCCCAGGGAGUGCAGAGGGUGAUCGGAGGAGAAAAACCUCAAGCAUCACCUUGUCGUUAUCUUGGCAAUGGUUCAGCUCGAAUAUUUGUCACCUUGAAAGGUCUUAGGGAAAAAUCUGUCGACGCUCUGGUGUUCGAGACUAUGAUUCCUAAGCCGAUGAUGCUGCAUUACAUCAGCUUGGCGCUGAAGCACAGACGCCUGGUUCUGUCUGGGCCCAGCGGGACGGGAAAGACAUACCUAGCUCAGCGUCUGGCUCACUACCUCCUCGAACGCAGCCGGACCGACUCGGCCGAGGCCGAGACCUGCAUCCUGGGUCGUAGCGCUGCAGUCAGCUUCAACAUGCAUCGUCAAUCACAAAAGGAGUUGCAGCUUUAUCUGUCUGACUUAGCGAAUCAGAUCGACAGAGAGAGUGGAGGAGAGCUGCCGCUGGUUGUUAUUAUAGACGACAUCAGUGACUCAGCAGCUAUCACUGAACUUGUUAACGGAGCACUUACCUGCAAGUAUCACAAAUGUCCCUACAUCAUUGGAACAACCAAUCAGCCUGUGAAGAUGUCGUCUAACCACGGACUGCACCUUAGCUUCAGGAUGGUGACGUUCUCAAACAACGUGGAACCGGCUAAUGGGUUCCUAGUGCGAUACCUGCAUCGUAAAGCUGUGGAAGCCUACCAGGAGAAGGUGCAGGACCCAGCACGCCACCAGGCUCUCCUUCGCGUACUGGACUGGGUCCCUCAGCUCUGGUACCACCUCCACACUUUCCUGGAGAAGCACAGCACCUCAGACUUCCUCAUAGGUCCCUGCUUCUUCCUGUCCUGCCCAGUAUCAGUGGCAGAGUUCAGGCAAUGGUUCAUCGAUCUGUGGAACCACUCCAUCAUACCGUACCUGCAGGAGGGAGCCAAAGAUGGCAUCAAGGUGCACGGUCACAAGGCGGUAUGGGAGGAUCCAGUGGAGUGGGUGAGAGGGACUCUCCCUUGGCCCAACGCACAGCAGGACCAGUCUAAGCUCUUUCACCUACCUCCCCCCAGCAUAGGUCCACCCAGUGAGGAGAAGAAGCCCCCCAAAGAUACACCUCCACCCAGCACACUGGAGUCAGACCCACUGAUGGCCAUGUUGUUGAAGCUCCAGGAGUCAGCCAACUACAUCGAGUCUCCAGAGCGGGAGGGCUGUCUGGAUCCCACUCUGCAGGCUACACUCUGAGAAAAAACAGGCACCUGUCAGUCAAGCUGUGGACUCUUGAUUAUGGCUGACGCAACGGGUGCAGUCCCGAUGAGACUCUAAAGACUAAAUAAAGAACUUAACUGUGCGCUCAGUGAGCAGCUACAAAGCUAAAUGUAAAGGAUCUACAGAGAGAGAGAGAGUGAUCAUGGACGAGGGGUUUGCUCUGCCCUGCUAUCAGAAAGACAAUUAAACUGCUUUUCAUAGGAAGCUGUGAUGAUCAUGUCAGGGAAAGACUUGUCUCUUCUCUGCCCUAAAUUAGUCCCAGAUGGGUUGAAUCUGCAAGUGCAUGGUAACCGGAAUAGUAUGAUGCAAAUUAUUACCUAUAAUCCUAUUGAUCAAGACCCAUUCUUUUUUCCUUUUUUGCUUUUUACUGCCACGACUUCCACCACAACUCUUGGUGCUUACUUGCUGGUUUCUAUUGAUGGCGCAUGCUUCAGUUCACAAAGUCACUCUGAUUUACUCAAAAGUAGGAUCAUCACUCGACCACAGCCAAAAAUGCACUUUAUUUUCUACUUGUGGUAAUUGGAUUUAAGGAGGCUGUGUCAGUGACUGUGAGUUUGGCCAAAUUAUGCAGUUCAUGAGUAAAUCCACUAGAUGGCAGCAUCUUAUUCCCCCUGCCUCAGUGCUCUCCUGGCAAUUUAUCCAAGGUGCUCAGUACAGUAUAUAACACACUCUACAUUAUAAAUAUAAAAAAUGGCCUUGAAUGUUUUGUUAUGUUCAUUUCAGCCACAUUUUAUCUUUCAUGGAUCAAAAUAUCAGAAUUUGUAAGAGCAACGUGCAUGGGUGAAUAAAGAAAUCGGUUUUAAGGGUCAGUCUGUAAAGGAAGUGUCAUCAUCACCGUAGAAACAGACAUUGACCCAGCUCGACAUACAGAAUUGUAAACACAGAGAAAAAAAAACAAAAAAACAAAAACUGCUUGUUUGUCUGCUGAUAGGUCUAUCUAACCAUUUCUGGCUCUGCUUGCGUAUAUUCUGUAUCUAGAUAUCAGUUUUAAACACAAACUCCUCUUGUGAUAGAUGAAGAUACAGCUUUGAAAAUCUUGAUUUUGUAGGAUUUUAUACUGAGUCAACUUCAGUGAUCAUCUGUAUACAGCAACCACCACCUAUGUAUACCUAACAUGCCGUUAUCAGACAGCGUAGAAACAAUACGCUUCUGUCAUCACGUACAUCAUCCAACAGGAGCGGGAGGGGACAUAAAACAAACUGCCAUCAAGUGAUAAGUGUCUGUACAAAAAGUGAUUUCCUUCCUCAUUGCAUUUGCUCUUUAUAACUUUGAUACCAUACCUGUAGAAAAAAAUGAGUUUCCUUCUUGAAGAGUAAGAGUAAGGGCUGGGGUGUGAGAAAGGUUAAUUUAUAAGUGGCUUCCUCCUGUUGCUCUCCUUCAUUUGUUUGCACAUAAUAUAUGUUAGAGUACUAGAUUACAGAGAGUAUUUAUUGCUCACAUCUUGACUGUUCUUGUGAUGAAGGAGGAGAGCGUGAAAAAAAGAUGUGUAAGAGGAGGAAACUGUCUGUUUGUGGAGAUGUUCUCAAACUUCUCAGCCAUGUGCCCCUGCCUCGACCCUGAAGUACCUCAAACUGCCAUUUUUGUCCAGAUGUCCCUCUACUUUCCAAAAAAAGAAACCAUAAAAAAAACAGGGUGCUGGUGUAAAGUAGAGACAUGAUGCCUAAAGUCUAUCUGUGCCUGAAACACAAUUUGGCCUAAAGCUGCCUGUGAGCUGCUUUGAUCCACCACUCGGAGGCCUCCAUUUAGAGGAAACGUCAUCACUUCCUCUCAGCUACUCUGAUGUCACUUUAAUGUCGUCACCUUGAUGCCCAGAUCUGGGUGAAGAGCGGGUUAUCGAUUGUGACCUUUGCCUGGAAGUCUUGGUGAUGAACUGCUGGUUAAGAUGAGUGUGCAUCGUGACCGGGUUGCUUGUGUGAUGCCAUUUCAAGAGCAGUGAAAGAACAGAGAUGUAACGCCAACAAAUGUAUCCCUGGUGUGUUUCCCAAAGUUUUGUUUCAUUGGACCUACCACGCUUAACCUUACCACGGGAUUUUUUAAUAACUGGAUGUUUCUCCAUCUUUUCACGUUGUUUUUAAGAGCGGACCUUUGUUUUUUUGUGUGUUUUUUUCUUAUGCAAAUAUUUGUAAAGGUUUUCUUUCUAUUUUGUACAUGACAUUACUAUUGUAAACACUGUAAAUAGUCAGUGCAUCUGCGACAACAAUCACUAAAAACUUGUAGAGAUCUAAGAGAGGGCAUGGCCCCUGUAUGCAGAUAAAAAAAAAAAAGGCAUCCUUGGUGGUUUUAUUGUCUUCCUCCAGCAGGCGGGAAGGAGCACUUGGCUUAAAAAGGGGGCCUGAAUAAUGGUUGUGUGGCUCGUCUCUAUAACCACAUCAAAUUCCAUAUGUCUAACAUUGAGCAAUGGACACAAUAAAGUCAUGCCAUUCUUCACAUCA